UAAUACUGGGCACUGCCAUGUCUGAUUUAGUUGGUAUUUGCCCAGAACACAGCACUUUGUUACAGGUUAAAAGUGUAUAAACCCUCACAGCUGGGGAAAGCUGGUAACAUAUAUAGACCGCCCCCCCCCGAUUGGAUAAAUUGCUCCAUGUGACGGGGAUUCUCCUGCCCUGUAUUUCUGGAUGAUGUACUACCCCCUCCUAAUGAAUACUUAAAAUAAAGUAAAUGCUUCGACUAGGACUACCAGAGAACCAUGCCCUAAAGGUUCUGUCAGAUGACACAGAUUAGCCAAUCAUUGGAGUGAAUGUAGAAGCACUUGCCCACACAGUGAAGCUUUUAGAUGGGGGUCAGUGACCCCAGCAGCCAAAAAACUGUUGUUCUAAUCUGGCUCAUGAUGGACAAGGAGCCACUGGCAGAGAGAAUUCUGACACAUGCCUUGGAGAUCAUCUACCUGCUCAAAGGGGAGGUCUUACUUCCAAACCAUCUAUGUGAUUCUGUAAUGAACAGUGCAGUUAAUGAGGACAAGGAGCUACAGAUUGAAGGAAUCUUAACUCAUGCCUUGGAGAUAAUUUACCUUCUGACUGGACAGGUCCCUAUAAAGAGUGGGGAUGUUGCUGUCUAUUUCUCUAUGGAAGAGUGGGAGUAUAUAGAAAGACACAAGAAGAAUUACAAGGACACAAUUGUAGACACAAACCAACAAAGAGCUAAUUCUUUCAAAACACCAGAAGACUGUUCAGCCCUCUGGGAUGACUAUCCAGAUAUAUCUGCAACUGGCGAUGGAGAAGAGGAUGACAGAAAUAAUGACCAGAGCAGAAAUAUAUUAGAUGACCCCCGGACUUCCACCAACACAUCUGGGAUGAUCACACAGGAUACCAGUAUGUCCUUUAAUGCAACAGACUUGAGUUCCUUGGAGUCUGGAAACCAUCCAUCCAUUAUUCAAAAUACAAUUGCACAAAAGGUUCAAUUUCUGAAAGGCAGCAAACACAAUGUGGGUGAUAUAACUAUGCCAAAGCAAAAAGGAAGGCAAAGAUAUACUAAACGGAUUGAUAGAAAAUCUAGGCAGGAGGACGAUGCAACAGAAGAACCCCAAGCAAGUGGUCACCUGUGUAAGGAAUGUGGCGGAAUAUUUCCUUCCAGAUAUUCUCUUAUCAUGCACAAGAGAACUUGCAGUGACCGGAGACCUUUUAAAUGCAAUGAGUGUGGAAAGCAAUUCCUUUUUGUUGAGAAGCUAAGGCUUCAUCAGAACACUCACACUAAAAAGAAGUCGUAUGCUUGCCGCAAGUGUAAGAAGAGCUUCUCCAGUAGGCUGCUUCUGUUUACCCAUAAGAAAGUGCAUAAACAAGAAAGGCCGCAUGUUUGCAGUGAAUGUAACAAAGGUUUCCAGAAGCGGUCCCUGCUGGUUAGACACCAGAGAACCCAUACAGGAGUAAAGCUCUUUUCCUGCAAUGAGUGUGGAAAACGCUUCUCUCAAAGGUCAAAUGUGACCAGACAUUACCGUAUACACACGGGAGAGAGGCCGCACAUUUGCUCCGAGUGCGGCAAAUGCUUUGGCCAAUUGUCAUGUCUAAAAACCCACCGCAGAACUCAUACAAAAGAAAAGCCGCAUGUCUGUGCAGAGUGUGGGAAAUGCUACUCUGACCGGUCAGACUGGUUUAGACAUGUAAAAACUCAUACAGGAGAGAAACCAUAUCCCUGCCCUGACUGUGGGGCAGGUUUCAUAAGAAGGGCCUCACUGGAUAGACACCGCAGAGUUCAUACAGGGGAGAAGCCAUUUGCCUGUACUAUAUGUGCAAAGUGCUUCCCGUACAGGUCAACAUUGAGAUUACACCAAAGAACUCACACAAAGGAAAGGCCAUAUACUUGCACUGAGUGUGCCAAGUGCUUUGCUCAAAGGUCUGCCCUGAAUGCACACCAGAGAACUCACACAAAGGAGAAGCCCUACCAGUGCACAGAGUGCGGCAAACACUACUCCGAUAGGGGCGUUCUGGUUAGGCACCAUAAAAUUCAUACUGGGGAAAAACCAUUUGCCUGCCCGCUGUGUGGGAAAUGCUUUAACGAUAAGUCACACAUGGUGAGGCAUCACAAAACACAUGGGAGAUCACGUGGGGGAACUGUAAGGUCUGCACAAUAAUUCUAUUUUGCUUUGCUAAAAAGCUUUGCCAUGGCAAUUGUGUUGGGCUGAGGGCACACAAGGAGAAGGCUUAGCUUAUGACACACUGAGCAAAUAUUGGAGUGGAAAUGUGAAACGAUGCAGUGAAGCUAAGUCUGCGCCUUUUGCUUCUUACUGCAAGGUUGUGGGAGUAAAAGAAACAUGUGCAGCAUGUAACUGCUGCCACAGGGUACUGCUACUUUCUGUUUCUCUGAGUGCUGUUACACAUUACAAUGUAUCGUUCAUUUCAGUGCUGCACUAAAUCUGUUUUCUUUAUUGGUGGAUUUUUGCAAUUAAGAAUUUAAAACCUGA